AGAGAGCACGAGCACGUUCACACGUUGUUGUUGCGUUGUUGGGUUGUUGGUUUGGAGCAAGGAUCGAAGGAUCCUUCUUGGCAAGGAUCAACAAGAGGAUCAAGGAUCUUUCAUUUUUUAUAAUAAAAGAUCCUUGGAUUGGAGAAACGAGAAAAACCCUCGAGGGCCGUCGGACAAAAACAAGAAAUUGUUCUUCUCGCGGAGGCAACCGCGGAGGCUUCGUCGCCCUCAACAUCAAAGGAAAACAAAAAUGGAAGGAGCGAAGAAACGUGGUGUAGACGAGGACGAAAUGAAAGUUGAUCCAAAGGAGGGCAUUGCCGACAACGUGCUUGAGUUGCUAUCGGAGAGGCUGAAGAGCCUGGGCAUAACUGAACUGAGUGAAGUGCAAAAGGAGGCAAAGAAGUACCAUGUUCUCUACAUGAAUAGCGCCUUGCAGCCCAAAAUAAACAGGCUGCAACGCUUCCUGUACUACGGAGACGAGACACCCCUCUAUCAGCCAGGCUGUCGGCUGAAACCAGGCAGGUUGUCACAGCAAUAUGCUGCUGUGAUUCACGAAAUCCUCAGGGAAAAUGAGCCCUGCAUUAAAAACGGAGAACUUUCAAAACAGGAGGUUUCAUUUCUGCUAUUUAUUCAUUUGGUGGCACGUAAACUGGCGAAUGACUCAAAGCCAUUCAGGGAGUGUGCUAUCUUUGCACUUGUUCAGUGCAUUCAAUAUGAGCCAAUUUCAAAGUCGGCAGGAGACUACUUCAGAACUUUCGCUUAUAAGGUAGCCAAGGGGCAAUUCCGUAGCGAGGAGGACUUGUUUCUCUUUGUCAGCCUUGCUAGUAAGGAAAAACCCGAGCAAAGUGAGACUGGAAAAGAGCCACCUAAGAAGAAGCAAAGACGAGGCUUGAGCAGAGGCUUGAGGACGUUUAUUAUUAAAUGGUACCAGGAGCAAGAUCCCAUAAAAUUAUUAAAAAAUGUUGCCCACAAAGGUGGUCAUUUUGGAUGGAAGCACUGUGACUUGAUCAAAAUGGCCCACGUCAAGGCCCGCCACUCUGAAUCACCAUUGGCAGCUGUGCUCUGCUUUGCUCUCUUUGGCUUUGAGAAAACCAUCAAAGAGUACAGCUCGAAGCCAGCCUUCUCAGAGGUAAUUCAAGAACUGGAAAAGUUGAAGCUAGAGAGGGCGGCUACCCAAGAACCUCUGGCCGAGCUGGUCCGGAAACACAAACUUCGAGUUCUGGACGUGCCGUCAGAAAAACUCACCAUUGUUGUCUGGAAGGCGCUCAUAGAGAAAAUGUCUGCUAAAGAGCUGCUGCAAGUCAUGCCCAGACUUUGGCGUCUCCAAUUGAGCAAGGAAGUUUGGCCAGUGGCUGCAACUGUUUUUGAGAAGGAGUCUGCUGGUGGAGAAGUUCAACUUGCUGAGGUCUUUAUCACCCAAAGGAACUACUUGAAAGCUCUCUCAAACAACAACCAUGUAUUUGACUCUAAAUAUUGGCUGGAGAGAAAGAGCAAGAUAGGUGUGAAGCCUAAAGAGACCUCUCCAGUUAUCAUUGAAGCUCUUGCAAAACUGUUUGAUGCAUCAUUGAAGGCCAUCAAACCAAGUAGCAAGAAAAAUGUAGUGAUGGCAGUGGAUCUUCGUUCCGAAAAUUCCAAAUGCGCCCAAACUCAUUCCGUCAACUCUUGGGGAGCAGCCGCUCUGAUUGCUCUUUACCUCUCUAAGCGCUACACCAACUUCUAUCUGUUGGCUUUUGACGACCACAAGGAUAUUAUAAUGGGGUUGGCAACAAUCGAUGUGCUUAAGGAUGCCACUACUGUGGAAAAGAUUGCUGACGAAUUCAGAAAGGUGGACCCACAAAAGAACCCUAAGCUGGGUGCUCCGAUUGCUUGGGCUACUGAACAAAAAAGAGACGUAGAUGCCUUUGUGCUGGUCACUCCUUGUCUCAAAGACUGGGACUGGAAUCCUCCUCACGCAUCACCUUACACUGCAUUGAAUUCUUACCAGAAAGAAAUGAACCAUCCGAAAACCAGAUUCGCUUUGUGCUCUUUGUCCAACAUGGCCAUCAACGUCGCACAGCCUCCACGCUCUUUGCACAUGAUGGACUUUGCAGGCUUUGACGUUAACACAAUUCCAGUUCUGGAAUCAUUCAUCGAGGGAGAGAUAGAAUGAUUUUGAGCUAUGUCUCCAUUCACAGCAGUUCCUUUCAAAGUUUUUGAACGAAUUAUGAAGCCCCAUAGAUUUUUAUGCACUUACAACAUCUUUGUUCUAAAUGGUUUUUAGACAAACCAUGAUCCAAUUCGAAUUGUAUUUGUUGACAAUUGACUGCGCAUUUGAAAAAAAAGUUGCAGUUGUCAUUUUUGUAACAGAAAUUUGAACAGGUGCUAUGAUAUUUUGCAUGAUCAAAUAAUAUUGUUUUUGCCGAUUUAUAAUUAUAGACAAAGGUAACAUUAGAUUUUGCUUAAGCAUGUAGCUUUUAUUACAAUAUAAACUUAAAUUUAGUUUCAAAAUGUCAGAAAAGCAGGCUGUCAUGUCUGGAAAAUGUAUUAAACCAUUGAUUUGGUCAAUAUUGUUUUGCACUGUCAACUGUAAAUGUAAUAACAGCGCAAAGACUGAAAAGCAAAAAAAUUUUAGAAUUGAUAAUUGAAUUGCCAGUUGAUCAAAUUUUGUUAGAGUUGUUAAAAAAGAAUCUUUUUUCAAACCGUUAUACACUCCAAAAUCAUGUUUUUAGUUAUAGUUUACUUGCACUCUAGUGAAUAUUUUGAUAUAUAAUUAAGUAUAAUGCCCAUUAUAUUUUGCCAUCCCAAAUUCCAAUGUCAUUUUAUUUGAGAGAGACAUUUUUUAUUCUUUCUGUUGCUAAUUCAGUAGACCAACUUUAUUUGUCACGAAUUGCAUUUACACCUACAAAUCCUGUUGCUGGCCAGCAUUUCCCAUUGUUCUUCGGCGCAUGAUAAUAUUUUGUGAAGUGAAAUUUCAAUUUUCAAUAAAGCAGAAAUUUGACCACAUUCAGAAAA